AUGUUAAGAGAACCAUUUCUGUUUGUGAUGAAUGCAAUAAAAGAAAUUUUUGUGAGUGCCGAUCAAAUUCAGGAGCUUUUUCAUUAUAGAUCUACUAAUCAUUUCCUUCGUGAUUGUUCAAAGAAGCAAAAUGAUUUUGGUAAUCAAUCAAACAAGCCUGAAGCAACUUCUCAAAGAGGUAGACGAUCUGGAAACGUUAGGAACACUACUCCUGGUCGAGGUAAGAAUGUCGAGAUGAAUGAACGGUCUGAAGCGAGAACACCAACUAAAGCCUAUGUAAUCAAAGCUCGUGCGGAAGCUACUGCCUUAGAUGUUAUUGCAGAAGCUCCAGUAGUAACUCAGCCUGAAUCUGGAACGACAUAUGUUGUUUACAGUGAUGCAUCUCUCAAUGGUUUAGGUUGUGUGUUAAUGCAGACAGGGAAGGUAGUAGCUUAUGCUUCUCGACAGUUAAAGUCGCAUGAAAGAAAUUAUCCUACUCAUGGUAUUGAGCUUGGUGCUAUCAUCUUCGCUUUGAAGAUAUGA